GGUUGGCAAAAGAAACGGGUGAUGAUAAAGAACAGCCCAGGAAAACGGUCCAGGGGUUCCUGGCUUGGGCCGAACAACCCCGUAUUGGGCUACCGCUGCAGCGGUUCAUUUUCACCACGCGUGCGCUCUCUCUGUCUGCGACGACUGGGCUACGCCGCCGCCGCCGUCCUCCGUCUGGUGCCGAGGUCUUCGUUGGACCCUUCGCCCGCGACUAGCGUCCGCCAGGUGCCAGGUUUUCCCGCUCGCACCAUCUCUCUUCCAUUCCUGAUGCUGAAGGCGAUGGCGACGGAGAGGAGGCGCGCGUCAGUCGUGGUACUGGGCGACAUCGGCCGCAGCCCGCGGAUGCAAUACCACUCCCUCUCGCUCGCUAACCAGGCCAGUAUGGAAGUGGACAUUGUUGCAAAUGGAGGAAGUGAUCCUCACUUGUCACUGAGAGAGAAUCCAUCAAUUCACAUCCACGAGAUGAAAACAGUGCAGUUAACUGGAAUUUCAAAGAUAUCUGGUGCUCUGUCACUUCUACUUAAAGCUGCUGUCCAGUUCAUUUUGCUGGUUUGGUUUCUUUGUUUUAAGAUUCCUCGCCCUGAUGUCUUUUUUGUUCAGAAUCCACCCUCUGUUCCAACACUGGCUGCUGUAAAACUGGCAAGCUGGCUGAGAGGUGCUAAAUUUAUUGUUGAUUGGCAUAACUUUGGAUAUACAUUGCUGGGGUUGUCGCAUGGCAGAAGUCACAUUAUUGUCAAAAUCUAUUUCUGGUUUGAGAAGUACUUUGGGCAGAUGGCUGAUGGUGCCUUUUGUGUUACAAAAGCAAUGCAGCAUGAGCUUGCUCAAAAUUGGGGAAUCAGGGCGACAGUUCUUUAUGAUCAAUCUCCUGAUUUUUUUCACCCUGCUUCAUUGAUGGAGAAACAUGGGUUGUUUAGCAGGCUAGGGAAUUCCAUGUGUAGUGCUAUGGGCAAUGCUGAUUGCAUAUCAGUGGAGGAAGUAGGGGAAGACAUGAACACUACUGCCUUUACCAGUAAGAUUGAUGGCCAAGUUUUCUUGAAGCCUAACAGGCCAGCACUUGUUGUGAGCAGCACAAGCUGGACGCCAGAUGAAGAUUUCAGCAUACUUUUGGAAGCAGCACUAAUGUACGACAGACGCGUCGCUGCAGCUUUAGGUGAAGAUGAUUCAAUGGAUGAGGGGCAACUUUGGAUUGAUAUCAAGAACGGGAAGCAGUUUGUCUACCCAAGAUUACUGUUCAUUAUUACAGGUAAAGGACCUGAUAGGAAGAAAUAUGAGGAUCAAAUAAAAAGGUUGAAGUUGAGACGUGUUGCCUUGCGGACAAUGUGGCUUGCAUCAGAGGACUACCCUUUAUUGCUCGGGUCAGCUGAUCUAGGAGUGUCGUUGCAUACAUCUUCGUCAGGGCUGGACCUACCAAUGAAGGUGGUUGAUAUGUUUGGAUGCGGAUUGCCUGUUUGUGCUGCUUCAUUCUCCUGCAUUGAGGAGCUUGUAAAAGUAAACAAAAAUGGUCUUCUUUUCUCAACAUCUUCGGAGCUUGCUGAUGAACUUAUGAUGCUCUUUAAGGGGUUUCCAGAAGAAUGCAAUGCCUUGAAAUCCCUCAAAGAAGGUGCCAUGAAGUCAGCAUCAUCUUCGAAAUGGUCAACAGAAUGGGAAACCAAUGCACUACCUUUGGUGGACCAGGUCAUUGGAUGAGAUGUGUGCUUACAUACAUCAGAUAGAAUUGUUGUAUUGCAGAGAACCAGAGAUCGGUGUACUAGAGAGACCAGAUGUACAUUAAAGGGUACGGUUUGCUUUCACCAAAAAUCAAUUGCUAGUUGCUGCCAGUGCCAUGUGCACCACUUCAGCAAAACUUGGGCAAGUUUGUAGCUACGAAGCUCUUUCCUUUUUAGGCUGGGAAACAUACUCUGCUGAACACAUGUCUAAGUUGUUUCAGGAUGUAUACUACUGUAGGCCAGCACUUUGUUUGAUAAUAUGGUCUGUAUUGGAAUACCUCUAAUCUGUUACGUCAGAAGGAAAACAUAGAAAACCAUAUUGUUUUCCCUGGCUUCGAAGGCCAUCUGAUAAGAUCCUAUGCAGAGAGGCGUGUACCAAACAGAAGUGUACAAGGAAUCAGGAUCUCUAGCACGAUGUCUGGAGAAUGAAAAGGAUAUGUCAGAUGCAUGGUCCUAUCUUAUGUUUA